CAGCCGUAAAAGUAACUCCGCACACCUGAUAGCGAUUGACACGUUCGUCUGAUUUGUAUAUGUGAACGCAGUGUGACCUUACGGACUUACGCUUAGUCGGUUGUGUUUGUUACAGCUCAUGCAUCCGUUCUCCCGAGAUGCAACGCCCGACUAGUUUACCUAAGAAGUUUGGCAAGUUUCUGAAAAAGAUGGGCAGAACUAACCGCCGUGUUUUGUGGAUAUUGGCUAUUGUGCUAUCGGGUAUUCUCCUUCUUUUAUUCACCGGUGGAGAUGGAUGCAGAUGCAGUUGCGAUGGAAGUUAUGCUGCAUUCACGGGCAUCCCCAAUUUACAUGCAGCCUACCAAGAUUUUCAGAAAGGAUCUACGAAUCAUCUACGGUAUCCAGCCGACUUUCCCGUGAUCAUGCAAGAUGUCAAUCUGUGUCGAUCAAGCGAUCAGCCUGACCUAAUUGUCCUUAUCAAAACAACUCAUGAGCAAUACCGCCUACGACAGCAAAUACGUCAAACAUGGGGUAAUUCGUCCUGCUACUCCAAACACGGGCUAUCAGCACGUGUGUUGUUUCUUUUUGGUGUGUUGGCCGAUCAAGUGGAGUUAAGGGAUCAUCUACAGACUCAGCUUAAUUGGGAACACCUGACAUAUCAGGAUAUCCUUCAGUUCGGUUUUGUAGACACUUAUCGGAACAACACGCACAAAGUUAAAAGCGCUCUAAAAUACUUAACCGAACGUUGCCCACUAUCCCGACAUAUUGUUAUCUUCGACGAAGACUUCCUCGUCCACCCUCGUAAUUUGGUCACUACUCUGAACAGUGUAACGGAAAUUCAGUAUCCCAUAUUCUUUGCAGGACUGGUAAGAAGAGCAGAGGGUCCAUCUCGGUACGUGCGUAGCAAAUGGUAUGUUAGCCGCGGUGAGUAUCCUUACAACGCAUAUCCACCUUUUGUGUGCGGAGGCGCUGUGCUCAUGAGUAUGCCAUUUGCCAACAUGCUGUCCUUCGGAUUGCAGUCGAUCCCUUAUCUGUUCAUGGAUGACAUUCUCAUGGCAAUUGUAGCUAAUGAAUUCAACAUUCUUCCUGUGAAUGUGGCGGGAAUCCAUUCGCCAUGUGGACUAAAGCGACUCAAUCGGAAGCUGGCAAGCAACCUGGUCGCUGCGCACGAAUUCAGAGAUGUGGUCCACCAAGCUAUAGGUUGGACAAUACUGCCGCAGCCGUGCUGACAGCAGUUGUCCAGUGAAUCCCAAUGCAACAUACAAGAUUUGCUAUACUCACUGUCCUUGGAUAAAACAAUGGGAAGGCAACAGUGUAUGUGCGUACUGAAUGUGAACCCAACCAGUCAACUCCCACGCGCGGCCUUGUCGUAAUGGCCCCAAUGGACCCAGACACCCAAGUUGCUACCGCUGUAGAUUAACACGGCAAUUUUGUCCAAGCGCAUCCGCCAGGGUUACAGCCUCCCUGCAUUCUGCCUGCAUUUAUUCUAGACUAUUUGUUGCUGCGACUGGAGGAACAAUGCCCCAGCUACUGUGUACAGUAAACGUGUAAAGUCCCUAUUCUUAAUUCCUAUUCUUGCAACCCCAUCACACUUAUGCACUGGUCGAUUUAAAGUCCAUCCGGCACAUAUAUGUGUAGUAAAAGUCCCACUGGGUGAUGAUAUGUGCAUUUUCUAUUACGAGUGAUCCUGGCAAGGCCUGCAGUUGUGUGUAUUUUGAUGGAAUAUGUCGGAAUUGCAGUGGCAGCUCAGU